AUGGGGCACUUUGGCGGGGUACUUCAACUCAUCCCCACGUUGUACCGUUGUCACUCUCUUUCACUCUCAACUUCUGCAGAGAUCAUUCCAGAACUAGUUCAUCGAUUUUCAUUCUUCCCUGUAUCUGAGAUGACGUUUCCAGCUGUCGGUCUAGGUACCUUUCAAGGUGAUGCCGGUAACAGAGGCGUCAAAGAGGCUGUUCUACAAGCACUGCGUUGCGGCUACAGGCACAUCGACACCGCCACUGCCUAUGGAAACGAAAUAGAGGUCGGUGAAGCCAUCAAGGAGAGCAGAAUACCUCGAGAAGAGAUCAUUGUUACCACCAAGCUAGCUCAGACGUGGCACCGUGUUUCCGACGUUGAGAGAGCACUCGACCUCAGCUUGGAGAGGCUUCAAUUGAACUAUGGUCUGUCUAUGCACCUGUAUUCUGCUUCAAGCUACUCAGUUCCCCAUGCAUACAGCCCUGGACCGGAUAACAACACAAUCCGUCAUCCUAAUGGAAAGCCCAUAAUUGACCACGAACUGUCAAGAGACUAUCCAUCGACAUGGGCAGCCAUGGAGAGCCUGGUCGAUAAAGGAAAAUUGAAAAUGAUUGGAGUCUCCAACUUCAAUAUCUUGAAGCUCGAGAGACUUCUCGGGUCAGCCAGGAUUCCUCCUGCAGUCAACCAGAUCGAACUUCACCCUUAUUUACCCCAAGUUGAGCUCGUGAGGUUCUGCAAAGCCAAUGGCAUUCACUUAGUGGCUCAUCAGCCACUCGGCGGCAAGCCAGUAGCAGCUGUCAACCCCAACGCAGACCGACCAGCCUCGAAACAUGAGCGUUCUCCGGCCCAAAUAAUACUAUCCUGGAUCGUCCAACAAGGUAUAUCUGUGAUUCCAAAGACAGUCCGACAAAGCAGAAUGGUAGAGAACCUCGACCUAAAACAGUUGCCAGAUAAGGACAUGGAAACAAUAUACGAUCUUUCGAAGAAGAAAGGAGAAGUCCGCUACCUCGAUCCGAAGAACCACAUUGGCUUCAAUAUUUUUGAUGAGCGACACGAUCAGCCAGUACAGGAGUGA